AAGCCAAAAUAAUAUAUUCUUCUCCUCUGCUUCUGCUACACUUCUGGCGUAAAAUUUUGAACAACCUUCCAAAUCGGUCGUCCAUGGCAGCAGCUCUCCUUCAGGGGUUGUAGGAUCCUUGUGUUACAUAAAUGGGUCAAAAGCUUCAUUCUUUAAUGGAAACCAAGAGACUGGUGUACCUUAUAGCAGUGUGCUCAAAAACUCAAAAAUGGAAGCUUCCCACCUAAAGAUUCAUCUCAAAUCCCUCAAAUUGUUAAAAACAUCACUCAUUUUCAUGGAUCUAAUUACACAAAGCCUGUUAGUAUACCUUCAAUUCUUCUUCCACCAUCAACUUCACCAUCUCCACCAACAACAUUGAAUAUUACAACACAAAGUGAUCCUAAAAAAGACAUAGAUGCAUUAAAAUCUUUCCAUGAUUUUGAUAAAUCAUCAUCUGCAAAUGAAGUUCCUCAAGUUAAGGGAAGUAAUGAUCAUGGGAUAAUGGGGGAAGUAGUGACAAUUUCAGAGAUGCGUGAGAUGUUAGGUCAUAAUCGUGCUUCAUUUCGUUCAAUGAAACCAAGAUGGUCUUCAGCAGUUGAUCAAGAAUUAUUGGAUGCAAAAUUUCAGAUCGAGAAUGCUCCAGUCAUUGAAAAUGAUCUCACACUUGAUUCUUCCCUUUAUGUUAAUGUUUCAAGGUUCAAAAGGAGCUAUGAAUUAAUGGAAAAAACACUCAAGGUAUACAUAUACAAGGAGGGAGAAAAGCCUAUAUUUCAUCAACCACAAGCAGUGCUUAAAGGAAUAUAUGCAUCUGAAGGAUGGUUUAUGAAACACAUGAAAGCAAGCAAACAUUUCGUCACUAAAAAACCAAAAGAAGCUCAUCUUUUCUACUUACCUUUUAGCUCAAGAAUGUUGGAAGAAAAAUUAUACGUUGUUGAUUCUCAUACUCACAAAAACUUGAUUCAGUAUUUGAAGAAAUACCUUGAUUUAAUUUCUGGAAGAUACAAUUUCUGGAAUAGAAUUGCUGGAUCUGAUCAUUUCCUUGUUGCAUGUCACGAUUGGGCCCCAUCGGAAACAAAGAAAUACAUGAACAAUUGCAUACGCGCAAUGUGCAAUUCCGAUGUCAAAAACGAAGGAUUCCAAUUAGGAAAAGACGUUGCAUUACCCGAAACAACAAUUCAAUCAUCAAAAAAUCCAUUGAAACAAUUCGGUGGUCAACCACCUUCAAAACGGUCAACCCUCGCCUUUUUCGCCGGCCGAAUGCACGGAAGCCUCCGCCCAAUUCUCCUACACCAUUGGGAAAACAAAGACCCUGAAAUUAAAAUCUUCAAAAAACUCCCAAAAUCCAAAAACAAUAAAAACUAUAUCGAAUACAUGAAAUCUAGCAAGUUUUGUAUAUGUGCAAAAGGGUAUGAAGUCAAUAGUCCAAGGGUAGUGGAGGCUAUUUUCUAUGGGUGUGUUCCCGUGAUUAUUUCGGACAAUUUUGCCCCUCCGUUUUUUGAGGUUUUGAAUUGGGAAUCGUUUGCGGUUUUUUUAAAGGAGAAAGAUGUUCCGAAUUUGAAGAGUAUUCUUGUGUCGAUUUCGGAUUCGAGGUAUUUGGUGAUGCAGGAAAGGGUAAAAUUGGUACAACAACAUUUUUUGUGGCAUGUUAAGCCUGUGAAGUAUGAUAUUUUUCAUAUGAUAUUGCAUUCAAUAUGGUAUAAUAGAGUGUUUAGAGUAAAUCCUAGGUAAUGUC